UCUCACUCUCGCAGGGUGGAUUGAAAAAAUUAUAUUCGUACAUAUCAAAUACAUUCAUUCGAUUUCCAGGCUCUCUCUCUUUUUUUUUUUGGCCCCUGAUUUCCAGGCUCAGUUUUGGGCAAUCAAUAAAUUUAAUUAAGAAGGUGCAGAAGCAGACCAAAUUCUUAGUUGCAAACUCGAGCUCAACUGCACUUCUUUGAUUUCAUAGGCACUCUUCCUUGAUGGUUUGAUUUUGUUAUCAAGGCAGGUCGUGCUUCCUGAUUAACUACUUUUCAUUAUCUGCUUCUUCUAUUUGAUUUCCUAGGCGAGUACGGAAUCGAUCCACUUAUCUAUGUUAUCAGUUCAACAUAUUCUGCCACUACCGAUCAACUUGUCCUUCCAUUAGGGGAACAAAGAAACAGAAAUGGGCAUUGAGAGAAGAUGGAGAUGGUGGCGGGUUUUCAUUGUAAUUGGAGUGGCGGUCACUGGUUUUCGGUUUCCAGGAAGCAGUGCUUCCCAAACGGAGCAACAGAAACAGAAAGAUCCCCACGCUGUAGUUUCCCGGAUUGCGUUCGGAUCAUGCGCCAAUCAGGACGCUCCUCAGCCAAUCUGGAAUUCCAUAAUCAACUUCGACCCGCAAGUUUUCAUUUGGCUUGGUGAUAACAUCUACGGAGACAUUAGGCGCCCUUUCAAACUACUUGGUCGGGAAAGGACGGCUGGACCAUGGAAAAAUGUUCCACGUUUUGCUCCUUCAUCUGAGCAGGAAAUGGUCCUCAAAUAUAAGAAGGGCAAGACAAUUCCAGGUUAUACUCGUCUUAGACAGAGGACCAAGGUAAUCGGUGUCUGGGAUGACCAUGAUUAUGGAUUAAACGAUGCUGGAAAGGAAUUUACUGAGAAGGUCUCUAAUCAGAAGCUUCUCCUUGAUUUCUUAGAUGAACCUCUUGAUAGUCCAAGGCGGAAGCAGCAUGGUGUGUAUGCAUCAUAUAUAUUUGGCCCUGUAGGUAAACAAAUUAAGGUUAUACUACUAGAUACUAGAUAUCACCGUGAUCCAAUGUUUAGUGAUGGAACUAUUCUGGGGUCUGCUCAACGGGCGUGGCUGGAGAGAGAGCUUAAGGGUCCGGAAUCUGCAGUUACAAUAAUUGGGUCAUCCAUUCAGGUUAUAUCUAAUCUUUCAGCAACCACCAGUCCGUUGUUCUCUUUGGAGUCUUGGGGACGUUUCCCGAAGGAGAGAGAUUUCCUUUUUAAGUUGAUUGCAGAUAGCAAGAGAAAAGGAGUUUUCUUUAUAAGCGGAGAUGUUCAUUUUGGAGAAAUCUCACGCUAUGAUUGUGCUGUUGAAUAUCCGCUAUAUGACAUAACCUCGAGUGGUCUUACCCAAGCGGUUGAGAGGGUGGUUCCGCGAGCAUUACAAUUUGUAGUGAGGUUUCUAGCGUGGUUGACCCCAACUACAAUGAGAGUUAUGAAAAGCAACUGCAGAUACAACUCCUGCACGUUCGGCCAACCAAACUUUGGAGUCGUUGAAAUCGAUUGGGAUGCAACUCCAGUAACAAUAAAAAUGGAAGUGCGAGAUACAAAUGGACUCCCCGCAGUUGGUGUGAACGUGUCCUUGAGUUCAUUGCGCUCGGGAAACAGUGAGUAUCUGUCAACGGGAGAAUAUGAGAGGCAUUGUGUUCUGGAAUCUACUUUGGGAUGGGUAGUCAGAUAUCGGCUGGCAAUUUUGUUUUGUUGUACCUUGACUUUACUGCUUCUCGCUUUGAUGGGAAUUGCUUAUGCGGUCACAUUGGCAUGUAGGAGCUGCCUCCGAAAAUGCAAGCGUGAUUAAGAGGUUUUUUUUUUCUUUUUUUUCCCUUGUUCUUCUCGCUUUCUUGGGAGAGAUCGGAGUUAAAAGAUGCUGUAAAAUGUAAAAUUGACCGCCAAUCCAAUGGGACAUCAUACUCAACUAAAAUUUCAGAGGUUGGAAUCUGCAUCUCAUAUGUUAUUGAAAAUAAAAAAUUGGAAUAGGUACCA